GAGACAAUAGAGUAAAAAUAAUAGGUUAUUUAAGAUAAAAAUGUAAAGGUACAUGUGUGAUAAGACGCACAUGUAUUGAGAUGAAGUACAUGAACAUGUCUGGCUCAGUGAAGGACUCAGACUCAUGGAGUCAGGAACAUUUAUGCCAAAGUAUGUUGAACUUCAGUAAAUUGACAUGGCAGGUGGUGCAAAACAUUAGACUAAAAGACAUUGGACAAUGAGACAAAUACACACAGUGCAGGAAAUAUGACCAUCAGAUACAAUGAGUAUCAUAAUGACACCAACUGAUAACCGUGAAGAAGCUGUUUCUGUGAUGGACGGUAACCUGCCAGGGAGAGGGCUAAAAAAAGGCUCCAUUUCAUCUUCAUCUCUUUCAGUGUAUGUUCAUAUAAUCUCCAAUUCAUAUUUGUUCUUCAUAGCUUUAUGAAGACAUACUAAACAUAUCUUAGUUUCACUUUAUAUCUUAGUAAUGGAUUUCCGUGUGAACUUUAAUAAACACUUAUUGAUCACCAAGUUUUCAGUGUUGCAGUAAGUUUCUUUGGUCAUCACGUUACUAUUUCAAAGUGUGCGAUAUGUAGAGUAUAAGAUUGUCUCAGAGACACAAGCUUUUAAAGUAAUUCCAUUAUUAUUUCAAUUAAGUACUUUAUUAAUGAGAUCAAACAUUUAAGGAUAUUAGAUGCAACGCAGCAAACACCUUUUAGUGGCACCGCCAUAGACACUAAUCUCAAAUAUUAAAGAAUAAAACUUUUAUUGAAAAUGCAGAAAAAUAUCAAAUUCUAUUCAUUAGUCUCGGUGACCCUGAAUAUCUGAUUUUAAAAACAAUUUUCCUACAAUUCCUUAGUGACAUUUUCCUUGCCAAUCGUACAACACAUUUCCUCCUCGUCACGUUUUACAGUUUCAUUCAUUGGUUUAGUUGAAAACGCGCCUUCCUUUACCCCCCCUGGGUCCAGUUGUGGCAGGAUAUGUUCGCGGUGUCCCUUUGAUCGGCGCGGGGGCUCCUGACUUACUGCGAUAGCUGCGAGGAGGCUGAUGUGGGCGGAACAAGGAAGUGACCUCCGGCCGGUCUGGUGACGUCACGGGUUCAUUCAUAGAGGAGCGCGUGAGAGCAGCCACCGGACUACUUUCAAGGAUUUCCGGUUUACUUUUUAAUGGUAUCUGGGUCGAAGUCAAUUCGUGUGACACCGGAGCAGUGAUCCGGAUCAACGACAUGUCGGGGGAACAGAGUUGUGCGGACGCCAGCGGCGAGGCGCGGCGGGUCGUCCGGGUCGGAACGCGCAAGAGCCAGCUGGCUCGCAUCCAGACGGACAGCGUGGUGGCGAAGCUGAAGGAGCUCUACCCCCACCUCACCCUGGAGAUAGUUGCCAUGACAACGAUCGGAGACAACAUCCUGGACAGAGCUUUGUCAAAGAUUGGAGAGAAGAGUUUGUUCACCAAAGAGCUGGAGAACGCUCUGCAGAAGAACGAGGUCGACCUGGUGGUCCACUCGCUGAAGGACCUCCCCACCACGCUGCCGUCCGGCUUCACCAUCGGGGCCGUGCUCAAGAGAGAAAACCCCCACGAUGCAGUCGUUCUACACCCCAAACAUGUGGGGAGAACCCUGGAGACUCUUCCGGAGAGCAGUGUGAUCGGCACCAGCUCGCUGCGCCGCGCCGCCCAGCUGAAGAAGAGGUUUCCUCAGCUGCUCUUCAAAGACAUCCGAGGGAACCUGAACACGCGACUGAAGAAGCUGGACGAGAAGGACGACUACGCCGCCAUCGUCCUGGCCGCCGCCGGCCUCAGGAGGAUGGGCUGGGACAACCGGAUCGGUCAGAUCCUCAGGCCUGAAGACUGCAUGUACGCCGUGGGCCAGGGGGCUCUGGCGGUGGAGGUUCGGGCCAGAGACGCCGACAUCCUGGAGAUGGUGUCGGUCCUUCACGACCCGGAGACCGUGCUGCGCUGCAUCGCUGAGAGGGCGUUCCUCAGACAGCUGGAGGGCGGGUGCAGCGUUCCGGUGGCCGUACACACUGAAGUGAAGAACUCGCAGCUCUACCUGACGGGGGCCGUGUUCAGCCUGGACGGGUCGGACAGUCUGAAGGACACGAUGCAGACGAGCGUCGCUGCUGACGACAAGAGCUCGGACGCGGUGGACGAGCGGGUCCAGCGGGUCGGCGUCACGGCCUCCGGGCUCCCGGGCGGCGCCCAGGACGGCGCCGAGCGGCUGGGCCUGGACCUGGCCAACCUCCUGCUGAGCAAAGGAGCCAAGGAGAUCCUCACGGUGGCCCGGCAGCUCAACGACGCCAGAUAAUCCGGGGGGGGGGGGCAAAGCAGUCGGACUCCUCAGAACCUCUCAGAAACGUCUCCACGUGGAGAAGAACCUCACUGAUAUCAAACAUGACGAGACCUUCCACUACAGCUAUAAACUUAUACUAUGAAGUCAUCAGGAUGUCCUUUUCUCUUUUCAUGUCCCUCAGAGGCAAUUGUUACGUUAAAUAACUAAAGUUAGACGACAUGAUGAAAUUCUUUUAAGUUAUAUUUACCAGUAUAAUAAACGGGGUGACCGCCUUUUAAAGGCCUCGCGUAGCUGCGAUAUAUAAAUAUAUCGGUUUAUUCAGUCCAAGUGCCCGCUUCAAAGCCACUGAUUUAAGCUCUCAGAGCAGACCAGGCGCCUGCGUCGGGGUUAAAGGUCACGUUCACUAACUGACCGGUGGACAAUGAACUAGUUCUGAGAGGUCAGAGGAGUCUGGGUCAUUGAAGCCCUGAUGCAGUACUUUCUGUUUGAUCCAAACUCCGUGUAGUAACAUCACUUCCUUUAACUCUCAGUCUUAACUAUGAAUUUGUUUCAUUUAGAGCGUCCAUAUCUUUAAAAUCACAUGAUUAAAUGACCUUUUUCUCAGGUUGUAGUUCCUUUUAUGCUUUUGAGAUAUGGGUGAUGACUUAUGAGACGCUCUCAUAAUUAGAAAAUACACAAGUCAUAAUAAGUUCAUCCAGUUAUUUGAAAUCAUUUACUUUAUUUGAAAUUAUAAAGCGCCGCUACAAUGUUUUACUCAUGACGUCAAUGAGUUGUCUUCUUUUUUCAUGUUUUUCUGCCUUACAAAAAAUCCUCUUCAUUCUGCGCCGCCAUAUUGUACUACUUUUAUUUUAUAGGUCUUUAUUGUACAUCAUGUUUAAUUUAAACCUCCUCAGACAAUGUGAGGAAGCGUCGGUCAUAUUUGAUUUUCAGUUUUAAUGUCAGUUAUGAAUUAACAUUGUACUCAAAGUGCCUUUGUUUUGCCUCAUAUUUGUCAAAUUAAAACUAUUGAUGUCAGAAGCGUUAAUAAAGCUCUGUGUGCCAAUCCCAUGUUUUGUUAUGAAUUAUAUAUCUAUGCAUGUUGCUCAUACAUCUUAAACUUCAUUUCUGAUGUGAAAAAAGAAACGGAAGAAGUUUAUCCAUCUUAACGGCAAAGAUGACCUUAGAUCACCUUAAACACCUCCUACCGUGGGGAGAAAUGACA